AAACACCCACGCAUUACACCUAGGAAACGCCGGGGUUUUGUCUCCCACCCCAUCCGAAACAACCCUCGCGUUUUACAAGUGAUUUGUUGCCCUGGGAAGAGUGGUGGGGAUUCGCUACGAAGAUUCGAUUCGAUUCUCGUUUCACGUUUCACUUCGUUAGUCGUUACCGGAUUUCAUGGAGAGUUUGUUUACAAACAGGUGCUUUUACUUCUGUUGCAUUCAGUUACAAUAUCAUCAAGAAUAAUGGGAAUGUUGUUGGUGUAAAGGGUGGCUUUCGGCAUGUUUUAAUCGAGCUUCUGCAGCAGGACAAUUGCCAGUUUGCAGUGCAAUCACGAUGCAUUGACUCGGGAGAGAAGAUAUAUUUUCGUACGGAUAAAUAUUUUACAAGCAAGGAAACAUGCAUUUCGGUUGGUUUACGAACUUUGUUGUUCGACACCCGUUGGUUGUUGUCACCGUUGUCGCAAUAUUCUCCGGCUCGUGCAUUGUCAUACCCAUAACAUUAUCCAUAGUCAAGUGGCCCAGCUUCAAGGAUCCUCAAUUGGGUUUCUCCACUCGUGGUACGAUAAUUGCCAACCGUUUGACAGCAUGGAACAAUUUGAUCAAAGAUACUAGCCUGUCUGGUGGAUUGACUUCUAAUCCGAAAGAAACUAAAGAGAUGAUGAAUAAUAGAUUCCAGCUUAAGAAGAAGACCAAAGGGACGAGGCCAACUGAGAAACUGAGAGGGAAAAAAAUUAAGCAUUCUCAUAGAAGACCAAAAGAUAAACCAGUCUACGGCAACGUAUCGUACUCGGAAGACAAAAAUUCAUCGGCUACUUUGGCCGAAUUAAAUAGAUGGAAGAACGUUCAAAAUUUGGAACCAGGCCAAAAGAAGACGCUCGAAGAAAAUUACUUUUGUGGAAGUCCAGAUGAAAGAUAUGCUCACUUGGUAAUCAGCACGAAAGAGCAAAGGGAUCUAUUUAAUUUGGCCGAUUUACUUUCUCUCUGUCGAUUAGAAUACGAGUUGAUCGGAUUUCCGAUAUACGAGGAGUUAUGCAUACAGAAUAAUUACAGAAAAUGUUGCAGAACCUGGUCUCUUCCGAAUUUUGUCGCUUACUUUAAUAUGCGUUCUUCUUGUCUUUCUAUAACAGCAGAAGAUGUGGAGAAUGCCAAAAGAAUCCUGACACAGUGUUCCAAGUAUUUUCAUUCCAAUGAUCUUGAUUCUGAAUGCUUGCCAAAUAUACCUUUCGACUGUGAAUGUUUACGCAAUGAUGCUGUUUACAAUGUACUAAAUUAUGUGACAUCUGUUUCCUUCUUACCUAGCAACGAAACGGUUGAUUCCGAUCAAGUAAAGGAAGUUAUGCUGUUCUUGCCCUUGGCCUGCAGUACAUCUAUAAUUCCAUAUUAUAAUCGUAUAUCAUCAGUUACACUUGAUUAUAACGACUUGGAAAUAUUUGCUAUCAAUUUUGGCAUAAAGGACUCGUUGUUUGACAUAUAUGUCGUAAGGGAUACAUACCUUAUGGGAUCCGGUGUGUGUUUCGUCUUCAUCUGCAUUUGGGUAUACACGCAGUCAUUAUUCCUUACUCUAAUAACAAUAUUAAUUAUUGUAUUAUCGUUGGGAAUAUCUUACUUUAUUUAUGACUUGGUGUUCGAUAUCCGGUUCUUUCCAUUCAUGAAUUUACUGGCCACUGUCGUUGCAAUCGGCAUUGGCUCAGACGAUGCUUUCAUCUUCUGCAAAAGCUGGGAGAUGCAAAAACAGGAUCACGAAGCUGGUUUGGAACAAAUAAUGAACAAUACAUUCCAUCAUGCAUUUAUGUCUCUGUUUGUCACCACAUUGACAACAGCGGUAGCAUUUCUGGGUUCUUGCAUUAGUGCGGUAACAGCACUGGCUUGUUUCAGCAUAUUUGCAGGAAUGGCCGUAAUUACGAAUUACUUUUUAAUGAUAACCAUCUUUCCGGCGUGUCUCGUCAUUUGGGAACGUUCGUGUGUGGUUAAGGGAAUGCCAAAUUUUAUCAAAAGUUGCACACUGACUCUGUGCCAAAAAUGGUGCUUCCUGAACGUUCGUUUGAACUUGUCAUCCGAAGGUUGGUGCAGGCACUUGAAUAUAAAGAAGUAUUUCAAGACUAAGGAGAACUACAUGCUGAGCUACAUUAUAAGAUUCAAAUAUUUUUGGUGCAUUCUAUUCGCAUUCUUGAGCGUAGCCAGCGGUUACGUCAUAUUUGUAUACCCGAAAGUCCAACUACCCACCACAAACGAAUUUCAGCUCUUCCACUCUUCUCAUCUGUUUGAAGCAUACGACUUCAAGUACAAAGAUCAUUUUUGGUUCAACCAUCCUGAUAAGAAUGCUGAGAUUAACUACAAGCUACCCUUGCGUUUUGUAUGGGGUGUUCUUCCAAUCGACAACGGGAAUCACCUAGAUCCUACCAAUUUAGGAACAUUGACAUUGGAUCCAGAUUUUGACAUGGCCGACGCUGAAGCACAGGUUUGGUUGCUAAAUUUUUGCAGAAAAGUCAGACAACAGCCUUUCUAUCAAUCCAUGAUGGGCCCGCUUCUAUCGAAUUGCUUUAUCGAAACCUUUAUGAACUCGAUGAACAGGAAAUGCUUCGAUGCUUUCCUGGAGAUGGAUAGAACUCCUUGUUGCGAAGUAUCGAAAUUCCCCUUUAACAGAACGGUUUUUGAUGGUUGUGUCGAGGACGAGGUUGCCGAUAUUUACAACACCCCGCCCUCCCUUUUGAAUCAAAACAUGGCUGGUCCAAAAUUUUCUAAAGACCAAAACGACAAUAAAAUAAAGGCUUUAGUAGUCGAGUAUGACAGCACCUACAGUUACACAAUGUCUUAUGACGAAAUGGAUAAAUUCUAUAAAAACGUAGAAGCUUGGAUGACAGAGGAACUAAAAACUGCUCCGAAAGCACUGAAAAACGGUUGGUUUAUUAGCGAUUUGGCUUUUUACGACUUACAACGCGAGCUUAACGCCAGUAUUGAAAUAGCAGUGAUGAUCUCAAUGGGUUUGGCUUUAGUCGUCAUAUUUUUAUCGACAUUGAAUUUACUUACAAGCCUUUACGCUGUCAUUACAAUAGUAAGCAGCAUAUUCGUUACUAUAGCUACGCUGGUUUUGUCCGGAUGGAAGCUGAACAUCCUGGAAGCAACUGCUAUAUCCACAGCCAUUGGUCUUACUGUAGAUUUCAGUCUACAUUACACUGUAAACUACUGCAUGUGUCCACCGGAAAUCGCUAACAACAGGGAAGCAGCUACGAAAUACGCUCUUAACUACAUGGCCGGGCCUGCAUUUAUGGCAGCUGUAACUACCGGGGCCGCAGGUGCGUUCAUGCUACCGUCUAAAGUCCUACCUUACAUACAGAUCGGAAUGUUUCUUUUGGUUGUCAUGUGCGUCAGCUGGGUAUACGCUACUUUCAUGCUCGGUUCGAUGCUCGCUAUAGGUGGACCUAUCAAGCAAUACGGUCAAUUCAGCUGGGUCACAUUGCUGUCAAUAUUUACAAGAUCUCGGCGACGGGAAAGGUCCUUACCACCUCCUACCGCAUUGGUCGAGGCUGAUAUUCACGAAUUGCAAUCUCUAACCGUUUCCAGAGGAGAACAAUCCACUCCUCCGAGAGCUUUAAAGCGGUCCAUGAGCGCAACUGCAGUCAAAUACACCCCUGACAAAUCCCUUGCAGAUCAAUCCCCAUCAGCAGUUAGUGCUAUAACUAUCAUUAUGACAGAUGACAAUUAAAUGUAAUGUAAUCUUAGAGGUAAUUGUUCUGUGAUAUUUUUAGUUCCGAUAUUUUUUUACCGUUAUAAGCCAUUUAUAUAUCAUAUAUGUUUGGAUGGUAUUUUUAUUAUAUUACGUUGGGUUACGAGAGUAUUUUUGCUACAUUGAGCACUGGUAAACAACAAACUAUACCUUUAGAGUAGUAUUUUAUUAAAAAAAUCUUUUUUAUAGGGAACAAAAUUAUUCGUAUCCAAAAUAUUUAUAUAUUUUGCUAUUAGCAGAAAAUUCUUUUCUAAAACUCCCUCAAUAAAACUCUGUUAUUUCUAUUUAAAAGACUCAUACUUUUACGAGUUCUGUUUUGUUGAUUUGGGUCGCAAUCCAUUUGUCUUUGCAAGUAAAAUAUAUUUAUUGUAGGUACAUUAUGUAUGACAUUUUCUUUAUAGAAGGUACUUAAAACUCGCUCAAAUUGUCAGUAUUAAAUUGUGCCAGUAUUGUGGGAUUUUACAAUAUUUUUAUUAACGAUUUUUUUAGAAAACUUACACUAAUUUACAUUACUGAAGUUUUAAGACUGUGUUUUUUAUAUUAUUUUUUAUAUUGUAAGGUAACAGGUUAACCAUAAAUAUUAAUGAAGGUAUACUUGGGAUACACUUCUGUUCAAUGUGUAGUAAUUGAUGUUAAUUAUUUUAUAUUCUAUUCCCAUACAGGGUGACCAGAAAAAUCAUAUAUUCCUUUGAAGAGCGAAUUAUUUAAUACUUUGACAAUGCAAUUGAUUUCUUCGAGAAAGCCAAUGAGUUAAAAAUAAACUUUUCUUGUGCGUUAUGCCUGUUUACUACAUAACGUAUAGAGGAAUAUAAGUGUUACUUUCGCCGGCACCCUGUAUAAAUAAAUGUGAUCAUAUAUAGUUGUAUUGUUGCAUAACAAAUAGGGUUCAUGUAGUCCCAAAUUAUAUCAAUGUUUAAUGUUUAAGUGGAUCUACUUAUGAAACCCAUAAAUAUAUAUCUCUUUAAUGUUACGACUGUAUUUAUUUUUACCUUUACCAAUAUAACAUUGCCUAUGCAUUAUUUUCUCCUGUUCUUAAUUUAGGGUAAAACAACAAAAAUUGAUGUCUAGUGUAAUAAACGAAAGUUUAAU